GACUUUCAGAAUAAUCCUGAGAAGGAUGAGUCCAGAUGUUCCUCUGCUGAAUGAUUACAAACAGGACUUCUUUCUGAAGCGCUUUCCACAGACUGUUCUUGGAGGCCCUCGACUCAAAUUAGGCUAUUGUGCUCCACCUUACAUAUAUGUUAAUCAAAUUAUCCUUUUUCUGAUGCCAUGGGUUUUAGGUGGAAUAGGAACACUUUUGUACCAAUUAGGCGUCCUGAAAGACUAUUAUGCAGCAGCACUUUCAGGUGGACUAAUGCUUUUCACUGCAUUUGUCAUCCAGUUCACAAGUUUGUAUGCCAGAAACAAAUCAGUGACAGUGGAAAGAAUGCUAACCACAAAUAUCUUAGCAGAGGAAGAUGAGCAUGAAUUUACAAGUUGUGCUGGUGCUGAGACUGUCAAAUUUCUAAUUCCUGGCAAGAAAUAUAUAGUCAAUAUAGUUUUUCAUUCUGUUCUUGCUGGGUUAGUGUGUGGUCUUGGAACAUGGUAUCUGCUCCCAAAUAGAAUAACCUUGCUGUAUGGCAGUACAGGAGGCACUGUUCUACUAUUUGUCUUUGGAUGGAUGACAUUAUGUAUAGGAGAAUAUUCAUUAAUUGUAAACACUGCUAUAGAGACUGCAGCUUUCCAAACCCAGGAUACUUAUGAAAUCACUCCUCUUAUGAGACCUCUUUAUAUUUUUUUAUUUGUUUCUGUGGAUCUUGCACACAGAUUUAUGGUAAAUAUACCAGCUCUAGAACAAAUCAAUCAGAUUUUACACAUCUUGUUUAUAUUUUUGCCCUUUCUGUGGGCACUUGGGACUCUGCCCCCACCUGAUGCACUUUUCUUAUGGGCAAUGGAGCAAGUUUUACAGUUUGGCCUUGGAGGAUCAUCUAUGUCAACCCACCUACGGUUAUUAGUAAUGUUUGUCAUUUCUACUGGAACAGCUAUAACAUCAUAUUUCAUUCCCAGCACUGUUGGUGUGGUUCUUUUCAUGAGUGGACUUGGAUUCUUACAGAGUCUUAACUUAAGUGACAUGGGUUUUGUCUUCAAACACAGUGUGACCAGACACAGAGUUGGAAACAAAUCUAGAAUGUUACCCAGUGGUUCAGAAAAACAGUUUACAUGGAAGGAAUGCCUUUUCUACAUCAUUGUAUUAGUCUUCGCUCUCUUAGAAACUAGUUUGCUACAUCACUUUGCUGGUUUCUCACAGGUUUCCAAAAACAGUUCCCAGGCUAUCGUUGGCUAUAUUUUGAUGAUACUACUUAUAAUACUGUGGAUACUUAGAGAAAUUCAAAGCGUCUAUAUCUUUGGGAUUUUCCAAAACCCUUUCUAUCCAAAAGAUAUACAGACUGUGACUGUAUUCUUAGAGAAGCAAACAAGGCUCAUGAAGAUUGGUGUUGUCAGACGGAUUUUGUUAACUUUAGUGUCACCUUUUGCUAUGAUAGCAUUUCUUUCAUUGGACAGUUGCUUAGAAGGGCUGCACUCUGUGUCUGUCUCCAUUGGAUUCACAAGAGCUUUUAGAAUGAUAUGGCAGAAUACAGAAAGUGCUUUAUUGGAGACAGUCAUUGUAUCGGCAGUGCCCUUGUUGAUGUCUGGCACAGACUUAUGGUGGAACAGAAGCCUGGAUACAGGAAUCAGACUCUUACUG